GGGGGGCACGCGGCGGCCGCCGGCGACGAGGAGCGGAAAGUGGGACUGGCGCCCGGCGACGUGGAGCAAGUCACCUUGGCGCUCGGGGCCGGAGCUGACAAAGACGGGACCCUGCUGCUGGAGGGCGGCGGCCGCGACGAGGGGCUGCGGAGGACCCCGCAGGGCAUCGGGCUCCUGGCCAAGACCCCCCUGAGCCGCCCGGUCAAGAGGAACAACGCCAAGUACCGGCGCAUCCAAACUUUGAUCUACGACGCCCUCGAGAGACCGCGGGGCUGGGCGCUCCUCUACCACGCGCUGGUGUUCCUCAUCGUCCUGGGGUGCUUAAUCCUGGCUGUCCUGACCACGUUCAAGGAGUAUGAGACGGUCUCAGGAGACUGGCUUCUGCUACUGGAGACUUUCGCUAUUUUCAUCUUUGGAGCCGAGUUUGCUCUGAGAAUCUGGGCCGCCGGGUGUUGCUGCCGAUACAAAGGCUGGCGGGGAAGACUGAAAUUUGCCAGGAAGCCCCUGUGCAUGCUGGACAUCUUCGUGCUGAUCGCCUCGGUGCCCGUGGUCGCCGUGGGCAACCAGGGCAAUGUCCUGGCCACCUCCCUGCGGAGCCUGCGCUUCCUGCAGAUCCUGCGCAUGCUGCGGAUGGACCGCAGGGGCGGCACCUGGAAGCUCCUGGGCUCGGCCAUCUGUGCCCACAGCAAAGAGCUGAUCACUGCCUGGUACAUUGGCUUCCUGACGCUCAUCCUGUCUUCGUUUCUUGUCUACCUGGUGGAGAAAGACGUGCCGGAGGUGGAUGCACAAGGAGAAGAGAUGAAGGAGGAGUUUGAGACGUAUGCAGACGCCCUUUGGUGGGGCCUGAUCACGCUGGCCACCAUUGGCUACGGAGACAAGACCCCCAAAACCUGGGAAGGCCGUCUGAUCGCAGCCACCUUUUCCUUAAUCGGCGUCUCCUUCUUCGCCCUCCCAGCCGGCAUCCUGGGGUCUGGGCUGGCUCUCAAAGUGCAGGAGCAGCACCGUCAGAAGCACUUCGAGAAACGGAGGAAGCCGGCUGCGGAGCUCAUUCAGGCUGCCUGGAGGUACUAUGCUACCAACCCCAACAGGCUGGACCUCGUGGCGACGUGGAGGUUCUAUGAAUCAAUCGUCUCCUUUCCAUUCUUCAGGAAAGAACAGCUGGAAACAGCCACCAGCCAAAAGCUGGGUCUCUUGGAUCGGGUUCGCCUUUCUAAUCCUCGUGGUAGCAAUACUAAAGGAAAGCUAUUUACCCCUCUGAAUGUAGAUGCCAUAGAAGAAAGUCCUUCUAAAGAACCAAAGCCUGUUGGCUUAAACAAUAAAGAACGCUUCCGCACGGCCUUCCGCAUGAAAGCCUACGCUUUCUGGCAGAGCUCUGAAGAUGCCGGGACGGGCGAGCCCAUGGCAGAGGACAGGGGGUACGGGAACGACUUUCUCAUGGAAGACAUGAUCCCCACCUUGAAGGCCGCCAUCCGCGCUGUCAGAAUUCUACAAUUCCGUCUCUAUAAAAAAAAAUUCAAGGAGACCUUGAGGCCUUACGACGUGAAGGACGUGAUCGAGCAGUAUUCUGCGGGCCAUCUUGACAUGCUUUCCAGGAUCAAGUACCUGCAGACGAGAAUAGAUAUGAUUUUCACCCCUGGGCCUCCUCCUACUCCAAAGCACAGGAAGUCUCAGAAAGGCACAGCGUUCACCUAUCCGCCCCAGCAAUCUCCCAGGAACGAACCCUACGUGGCCAGGCCAUCCACGUCCGAAAUGGAAGACCAAAGCAUGAUGGGGAAGUUUGUGAAAGUCGAAAGACAGGUGCACGACAUGGGGAAGAAGCUGGACUUCCUGGUGGACAUGCACAGGCAGCGUCUGGGGCGGCUGCAGGUGCAGGUGUCCGAGUUCUGCCCCGCGGAGGGGGCCUCCUCCCCAGCGGAGGCGGGGAGGCAAGAGGACCCGCGGGACUCAGACCUGAAGACCAUCCUCUGCCACUAUUCUGAGACAGGCCCCCCCGAGGCUCCCUACAGCUUCCACCAGGUGCCCAUCGACAGAGUCGGCUCCUGUGGGUUUUUUGCCCACGACCCCGCGAACCUGCCCCGCGGGGGCCCCAGCUCCGGGAAGGCUCAGGCGCUCCUCUCCUCGUCCGCGCCCUAUGCCGAGAGGCCCACGGUCCUGCCCAUCUUGACGCUUCUCGACUCGAGAAUGAGCUACCGCUCCCCGCCUGAGCCGCCCGGCUCCGGCCCCACCCGGGUGUCCCCCCGGCAGAGACCCAGCGUCACGCGGGACAGCGACACCCCCCUGUCCCUGAUGUCCGUCAACCACGAGGAGCUGGAGCGCUCCCCCAGCGGCUUCAGCAUCUCCCAGGACAGAGAUGACUACAUGUUCGGCCCCAGCGGGGGGUCGAGCUGGAUGAGGGAGAAAAGGUACCUCGCAGAGGGUGAGACGGACACGGACACGGAGCCCUUCACGCCUAGCGGCUCCAUGCCGCCGUCGUCCACGGGGGAGGGGGUGUCCGACUCCGUAUGGACCCCUUCCGGCAAGCCCGCGUGAGAGGGCCGUGGACAGACUGCCCCGGCAGUGUAGACAGACUCUGGACAGCUCCCGGCCCGCCUCGUCCCCGCGAGCCACGCGGGCGGCGGGAGCGCUUGCAUGUGCCUGGCCGCCGGGCGGGCCGCGGCUCGCUCCGGUGUGGCCACACUGAAGCCGCUUCCUUUUCAGCAUGGUUUGCAUGACUUACGCUAUAUAAAUGGUAUCGCUACUCUUACUAGGAGCCACAUUUAUCUGCUGUUCUUACUUUUACUCACGACUGGAUCAGUACAGGGAGAAAUUCUUGACGAGCUGUGCUGUUUGUCUGUCUGGUUGGUUGGUUUGGGUUUCGGUGUGGUAAUCAGGGAGUGGCCUCCAUUGCUCCAACCACUGGCCCCUCGUGUAAAACAGGGCGGCAGUGAGCUGUUAGCAAGGCAACCAAAUCACUUUCACGACAAAACGACGGCUGCCGUGGAGCUAAAAUGUCAGGAAAGCAAGAAAUCAAGAAAUUGUGAAGGGAAAACUGGCCAAAUCCUCUAAAAGCUCUCAGAGGACCCUCCCUGCCAUCUCCCAUGGCAGAGCAUCCUUCCUCGGUUUCCUCGUCUUUAAAAGAUGGUGGUAAUCCCCAGGGUAGCUUUCCCGAUGCGUCAUAAAUCCGUGAGACGAAAACACACACACACAUUAAAAUAGUUGCCAGUUUAUAUAACCAAAGUAGUGACAUUCAUCAGAAGCAGGUGCCCCUCGGGCAGGAGCUCGUUGAGUGCCUUCACAAUGGGGUUCACACUCAAAUCCUCCCUCCCCCAUCCUUAUGCACAAUCCUUAUGUCCAGCUCAAGUGGAAAUGCAGGCCAAGAGGGCACAUGAAGAUCAUGCCACUCAAGUCCUUUGUGACAAGGAGGAAACUUCAGCCCAGCUAAAGAGCCAGGCUGGGGUCGCGAGUUGUCCCCUGGAGAACUGGACCUCAAAGCCUGGUCAGCCAAUUGGCUUGCUCCCAAGUCCCCCACUAGUCCACUCACCACUGACACACUGGGAGCCAGAAGUCAUGGCAGGAGGCUGGACCCUGUACCUUGCGGCAGGCACUCACACUACAGUCUAGCCAGCAGGAAGGGCUAGACUGUGGAGCAGUCUUGCUUGAUGCAUUAUUUUGUGUCCAGAAAGAAAAAUAAUACAAGCAAGUGACACAUUUAUGAAUAUACAAAUGAGCAAUUUCCAAAACAUCCACUUUUAUUCCUCCCAAUUUUUUGGACCACACGUAGCCACAUGAGUAGCUAAAGUGUAAGCAGACAGCUGGAGCACAAUGUCCACCGUGUAAGUAUGGAUACUGAGCACAAACUAUCCUGUGGCCUCUUAGAUGUUACUACUCUCUAAGCACUUUGAUGGAAAAGGUUUCUGUUAGACGUGGGCUAAAUGACUAUGUGGUUGAAUUAAUGGCCUCACUCUUACAUAUCUAAAGAGUUUGUCAGUGGUGGCCGCGGUGAUCGUCAAGCUGAUCAAAAUAGCCUAGACAAAAAUCUGCGUGCAACUCCACUGCACGUCUCCAUCACGAUCUUGUCCAGAGCAUAGUAGCUGCUCUGGGCAUCUCACCGAUAGUCUCGUCACUCCCCAACACAGAGGAGCUGCUUCCUUCCAACAAGCCAACAGGCGCUGGGAAAGAGGCUUGGAGGAGAGUGACAAUGAGGAUUUGGCCCAGGCAUUUGCCGGAACUCAAUGGAAUGCUCAGCUGGAAGACUUGGACUUUCUCACCCUUGAACUAAAAUAACUAUGUCAACCCACAGCUAGAGGACUGUCUCAUCUUCUUUCAGCGGUUGAGAAAAAGGAGCUUGUGUCACUUGCCAGCCCCAGGGAGGAAAGUCCAGCUUCCCUGCUAGACUGGAAGGCCAGGGUGGCAGGGUUUGGGUUGGUGUUGAUUGCCACUCUCCCCAAACAUACAGUGAGCUGUUUUCAUCAGUGUUUACAAAGAUAAAAUACACUUUUCUUGAGUGGAUAAAUAAGAAUCACAAAGAGCCAUUCUUUCCCAUCUAAAAAAGAAAAGAAAAGACCAUGAUAUCUGGGAUAUACUACUCUGAUAGUGCUUUAAAAAUACACCAAUGAUAAAACAGAAGCUCAGGGCCCGGGUCAGGUCAGUCCCGUGAGAAGCAGUGUGUGUAUCCACAAAGACCUCCUGGCAGACAAAGGAAAGCUGUGUGGGAUGAGCCAGCAGCACUGGCUAGUGACAUGGUCCAACAUCCACAGCUUCAGCUAUACCAGUGGUUCUGAAGCUUGCCCGGGAAAUGGCAGUAGUUUCAGAAGAAUCCAAUGGCAAAGUGAUAAAUUCCAUUAUAAAAAUUAGCAAUGAUUUUCUCAAGUGAAACUGUGAUCCCAUUAUAGGUGUGCAGCUUCUGUGUGUUCCAGAAUAGUGUAUGACAGUUUUCAGAAGUCACCUUUUAACAGGAUCAAAAUGAAUGCCAUAAGUCUACUUUCCAAUGAUCGAGUGAAAUGUGAUACUAUUGACCACAGCAGAAAGUCCUGAGGUCGUGUGAGUUUUAAUUUUCAAAUACACAAGUAAACACUAACAGUUUAAGAGAAAAAAAAAUGUAAGAGGAAAAAAACAAGUCAGGAAAUUUCUAGUCACUAUUUGUACUGGGGACCGAGAGAUUAAACGUCUUUGACAUGAUGUUGUUAUUACAAAACCCUAAUUUGCAGGACAGUAUAACUAGAAAACUCAAAGGUCCCUAAAGGUCAAAAUGAACUAAUUAAUAGACACUUGUGCUUCUAAUGCCUGUUUUGUGCAAGGCAGUUCCCAGACACUGUAAAAAAUUGAAAGACUAAUAAUUACUUGUCGAACAUCCUAAUAUAACAGGAUCUACUCUGAGCUUGCCAAGACCAUUCAUAAUUUGUGUCACUCUAAGAGUGUAAUAAAACCACUUGUUUAUUCAUCUGACAAAAUUUAUUAAACUUCACCCUCUAGUUAAGCACUGGGCAAGACACGAGAAAUUCAGACAUAAGAAAAUCGGUUUCACUAUUGAAAAGGUAGGAAUCUGGUAGCUUUAAAUAUUGGGGGACCCUUCAUAUCCUGCCUCCAGGAAUGGAAAUUACUUGAUUUCAUCCCUGAAGAGAACUAUACAGACAGGAAUGUUUUCUGGCUGGAAUCAGUAGAGGAUAGAACAUGGAGAAAGUGAGAGUGAAAAUUCUGCAUUGAAUUGGUCAUGGCCACCAGCCCAGGGAAGGCUGAACAGGUUGAAUUGAUACUUUGAAUGUAGAUUGAAUGUUUUGAACUUUAGUGCUCCAGAGAAGCUGUGCAAGCAGGAGGUUCUUAGAGAAAUCAGUUUUCUCCUCGUUUCUAAAUUCUUACUGGGACUGAGGCCAGAGAAGGCAUUGAGCUACUCCAUUUCAUCAUGGUGACCAAAAGAGACUUGGGGUUCAUACCAAGAAUACGUCUAUUCCAGGAAAAAGCUGUCAACUCUACCUGUGGGAUUCUGAAAAUCAAGUUCCCCUGGGAAAACGGAAAACGUGUUCUGUGAUCUAAAAGCCAAGUGCACCGUGACACCAGAGCUCCCAGAGAAGAUGCCACAGAGCAGGUCUUUUUUCUCUCUGAACUCACUUCCAAGGUGCCUGCACCACAAGGAUUGCCUUUGCUUUCUGGUCCCUGAGCUUCUUUGAGAGUUGAGUCAUGUCUUGUCUUGACCUUAAAGAUUUGCUUCAUUAUUUCAGGAUGACUAUUCUAAAGGCCUUCAGUCUUUUCUUUUAUUCCAAUUCAAUCAACCUUUUUGUGCUACUGACAGACAUGUGCACAAGCGAGCAGCAGUCCCUGAUCACAGCCGCAGGGGUGGCUCACGGAAGCCCAGCGGAGCACACAUAAGGACCUCGGAGAUCAGCGUAACUUUAGCGUCUUUAAAAUUGAGCAGUGGAAAUAUCAAGGAAAGAGGAUGGAGAAGAGAUCACCUGGAGGAAAACUUGAGGUUCAAAUUCAAAAGUGUUGGAACUAUUUUCUACCCUGCUUUGAUUUGCAGAUGAUUUACCCAUAAGCCCCUAGUGCGGUCAUUGCCAUAACUUGGAGACUAGUAUUCACAUUCUUUGUUUUACAUGUGUGGACUCCAUGGCCAUGGCUUACUUCUGGAAGCUAAAUGUACACCGGAAACUCCUUUUUUCAGAAAAAAAGUAGAGAUAUAAUUUGGAUUAUUGCAUGACAAAUCUGGGCACUUUUGUAGUUCCUUGCUAAGUUAGUACAUCUCCACAAAAUGCUUACUUUUUCCAUCAAAAUGAGGAGGAGCAGGAAUGUUGAAAUGAAGGGAGUAGGAAGUUGGGUCCCAAAAGGCUAGGUUGUCCUUAGCCUCCAUUUAGCACCCACCUAAGAAAAUGGUGCCUGGCAUUUUGCUCAUAGAACUUGAUAGCUUCCUGGCUGCUCAGAGCAAGGAGACAUUGACCCUCAGACCAGCCACCUGUCUUUUUGGCUCAGAAAGCAGAGGCCAAAAGCGAAGGGAAUCACAGUGGUCGAAUGAGUAAUUGGGUAGCAGAGGCCAUCUAAAAAGCAAGCCCUCAACUCCUAGUGCAGAUAUCGGCGAGCAAAAACCAAACAUAAGAUAAUACCUGAGGCCAGGUAUCAUCAGGUGAACCCAGAAGAUGAAUGAGAACUUCCUGGUCUACUUGAGAAACUGCUAAGCCAGAUACAAUUGGGGGGCCAUGGUGUUAGUCUGGAAUAAUUGGUGACACAAUGCCUUGAGAUGGCAGCAUUCCCUUCCCAGUCCCGCCAUCUUUAGAAUGUGCAGCCCUAACCACUGCUGCCAUGUGUGCUUGAGAAUGGGGUGUAGCAUGGACUUGCAGCCCAGCUCCCUCUGCUUCCUCUCCACACCCACCCCCACCUCCCCAGUUCUGCUCCCUGACCCAGCCCUUGAACUCAGUGCACUCCAGAUCAUGCCUCAGGCUGUCAUCUCACCACAAGUCAACUUAACAGGAUUUCUACUUGAAAAAAGUAGAGAUGUUUGAUUUUAAGGAAUGGGGUGUGAUUUCUUUUGAGGAUAUUAGGACCCUCAGUUGCCAAUUCUACUGAUGUGUCCCUUUGCAAUGACACCUCUGGGUGUCACCUGAGGACGCAGAGCUCCUGCUUCGUAGUUCUUUGUCCCAGAGAAGGCUCAUCUUGACCAGGGCACAGCCAGGUGCUCUAAAAUCUUCCCCCCAAAUUCCAAAGUUGCAAACAGGAUUCAGCUUAAGAUGACUUAUGUUCGUAUAGCAAGGGUGGGGGGGAGUAAAACUGGAUUCUGUUGGCGCAAGUGAAGAUUUCAAUUUGGUUUCCACUUAUGCUGUGCUCAACAUAGAUGCCAGAAUUUGGAAGGGAUGUGACUUCUCUUGAGGAUCUAGAUGACCCUAAGUUGCCAGUUCGACUGAGGUGUUGCGGUGAGACCUCUGGGUCUCAUUAACAGGUUGCCCCUUCUCCUAAGUGCGGCUGAGCGAGAAGCUUCAAGAAAUAGAGAGAUGGUCAAGCUUGUGUGAGAACUAGUAAUUUUAUAGUCACUCAACCUAAGCUUUCUUUGCCUCCAAAUAGCUCUGUUCUGGGAUUAAAAUAAGUUUCAGAGGGAAGAAAGCAAGACAUGGGCUCUGUAUAAGAAUAUCCUGAGUGUGACUUGCAAUUAAAUAGUCAAAAGCCUAGGACAAUGCUCAGGAAUAUAUUUGCAGUUCCUCUUAGACUUAUCAAGGGGAUGAAAAAGUCAUGCUAAGAGUAACGAAAAGUGAGACAUGUCUUCUUUCCAUGUUUCCCUCUCUUAUCUUGCCCACAGACUGAGGUCAGGAAGAAGGAAAUUUGCCCUAAACUUUCUAUGAGUUGUAUGAGACAGUCUCUCUCUGACUCAUGUAAAGCUCAUCUCAACCCCACCAGGGAGAUGUUGUCUCCAUCUUACAGAUGAAGAAAUGGAGCUGAGAGGGAAAAUACCUUGCCAGAGGCCACACACUAUAAGAGACAGUGCUGGCAUCUUAACCAAGCUCUCACACCUCCAAAUUUCUUCCUCCCUCUGAUCCCAGUGUCCCAGGUCAAUGGCACUGCGCUCAGCUCAUGCCCUGUGGCCUUUGCCAAUGUCUUGCCCACCUACUCCAGUCAUCUUUGCAGUAAGACGAUCACAGAUCCAGCUGUUCCCUGGAGAGAAGUGCAACAGCGGCCUCAGCUGCUCCACCUAGCCCUUUGGCUACAUGUCUGUUGUUUCAGUGGCUUCACAAUUGAACUGUCAGCGGCACAAAAUAAUGCAACACAAAUUAUUCAUCUGGCUCAUGGUGGAAUACUUUGACUCUUGGAGUUUGGCAUAGCUGCAGAUAAUCCCACAAGAGCUUCUUGUUCUCUGCCCUCAAGGAACCCCUGUUAUUGUCUUAACUAAGCAGGUUCAAAUGUCCCUCCUGACUCUGGCCUUUUGUCUCUAGAUAUACCUUCAUUUCCAGAUUUUGAAAUCUGCAGAAACAGGUGAGUCUCCACAAACAUUCUCCAGGAGGUGAAAUGCUGAGAACAGUUGUAUUUCUCUCUCUUGAUAUUAGAAGAUCAAGAUUGCCAGUAAAAGUCCAGCUGAUGUGGUAAUUGGGCCUCCUGGCUCUCUCUGGAGGGAGAGGAGAGCAGAUCCACUCUCCAAAGUUCCUGUGAGGCUUUGGAGUCCACUGGGAGACCAAGUCCCAAGAUGGGUGGCUGCCAUUUUGUCAAAUCCGAGAUUUUGUUGUUGAAGAAGUGAGGCAAGCUCUGUCCCACCUUAAGAGCCAUCUUAGAAAGACUGGCCAGCUUCAUCAGAUUUAGCAGUCAUGCCUGUUUAAAGAGAAAAAUGCUUUCUACUUUGCUUCCACUGGGAUAUCGCUAUUUUCUUUCUAAUGAAGCAGUGAUGAAAAACACCAAUUUCUGAAGAGCAAAUUGAGAUUUCUAGUGACAUGAACCAUUGUAUUUGAUUUUAGAUUGUAUUUUAUUUAACCCCUUUCUAUGGCAUAGAAUUCUGGUGCCUUGCUCCCUGAUCUUGUCUCCAUGCUACAAGUAGGCUUUCCUCACAUUCUGGCUUACACAGGAACACUACUAUCCCACAAGUGGCCUUUAGUGCUCUUUAUAAUAUGAUUUCCUGUAAUUUUUAAACUGUAUGUAUAAUUUAUAUUCUGGCUCUGUCCAAUAUUUGAACAACUUUAAUAGGUUGGUUUCCAUAUAUAUUAUGCAAAUAAUUCUUACCUGAUUUUUUAUGUUUGAUCUGAAAACAAAGAAAUACUGCACCACUUAUUAAUAAAUAGACAUUUCAAUGAU